GUUGGACUCCUCCAGCCGCCAGUUCGCUCUGACUUGACUGAGCCACUCCCUCCGCCUCAUACAUAUUACGAUCACUAUCAUAAAUUUAACUGCCCACCCAGAACCCAAGCCAACCCAACCACACCACUCAGAGAUGUCCUCGCCCAACAGUACCGUCCCCCGAACAUCAAACAGCAGCAGCAAUAACGCAACCCUGCUCAAGGACGACAAGGACGACAAGCCCGAGUCCGAACAAAACAAGGCCGGCGCUGCCACUUAUUACGGGGCUGUUGUCAUUGUUGUCUUCAUCCUCAUUGCUCUCUCGAUCAUCGUUCGGAUCGUGUAUACCAGGAAGUAUCGGAAGAGGAGUCCACCCAUCGACGAACCUGAUCCGGCCGCUCGAGAGCAUGAGGAACGGAUGGCUAUGCAGCGGAGGGGGGAAGACAUGGGCUUGCCCACCUAUCGAGAAAGCACACUACUGCCCAAUAACGACACCGUCCUAGCCGCCACACCCAUCACAUCGACUCCCUUUGGACGAGAUAGCACUGCCGAAACGCUGCCCCAUUCCGACGAACUCGUCAGGGACCAUACGGCCUCUCUCCCUAUGGACGACAACGCCCAGCCGCCCAAAUAUGAAGACGAUCCGACAGCCAGAACAACGGCUGACCACGAUCACAAUCCUCCUACAUUAGACAUCACCAAUGAAAUGAGAAUGUCCACUCAAUCCACCGCCACCCUCGUCUUGCCCUCCAUCGCAAUCCAUCAACCCGACGACGACGACGACGACGACGAUGAUAAUCCUGCUCCGAAUCAACCGAACCAACGGCCAUCAUCUCCAUCGCCUCCAUUCCCAACAGUCGACUCGACUGGUUAAUACCUGGCUUGCACUCACAUCAUCACGACUGCCCAACUUACACACAACCCUUAAAAGAUCACGAACCAAACAAAAUCAAAAUCAGGGAAUGCAAGGAACAACUCAGUACCCCUCUCUCACCCCAUGGAACUCAACGAUCAUCAUACUCCCCCAUCCUCGUCCAUUCGCUCCUAAUUGACAGCCACGAAAAACGCUUUCAAAGGACAUCUCUUGUGCAAGCGGCCUUUUAUUGUUCUAGGCCAACAUCACGCUUAUGACGAAGACUGCACGAACCCACUCUUACGGACGCCUCUUCUUCCCUCUGUAUAUCUCAUCUUUCGCUCUGCAAACUUGUCCUUCUAUGUUCCUAUUUAUCCUUCUCAUCGUCGUUCAAUGGGCCUGGUUUGGCCCCUCGUUAGCUCUGUGGUCUCCAAGCACCUAACCAUAUCUAUAUUCUCAUGUUUAUAUUCCUGUUGGGUCCGUAAAAAGUGCGCCUUCUGAUCGUGGUUGUCGGCCCCAAGCGGGGGCCGUUGCUCGCGCUAUUGAAGUUUGUGUGGGUACAUCGUCCGGACAGCUGAGAUUCUGACUUGUGAGGCUCAGCCUCAAGGAAGGCCCGAUACCUCGCUCUCCUACUCUGUCUUAUUCAAGCAAAUGUUACCUAUCUACGGACUUAUUUCUCUUCUCAUUCCUUCUUUCUUUCUUUUGCUUUGCUUUGCUUAGGUUAUGUGGAAAUUGUGUUUUGAUUCAUUUUCUUAUUAUGUUUGUAUGUUUGUUUGUAUUCUCUUGGCUCUCCAACAUAGCCUCAUCAUGGGUUUCUGACUGAGGUACCAGACCACUCCCCAUAAUCUCAUUAUAUAUUCUUCUUCCAGUCCCAGCCCCUCUUAAUCUUCAUACUGUUAUAUAACCUAUAGUAUUUUGUAAGUAUGUGGGAUCUAUGACUUGCACACGAAAGACAAUUCAGAAUCAAGUGAGCUGGAGCUUAGAUAGAUCACUCUUUGUAUGUACUAGGGUAGCUAUGUGGAUCUUGAGGUUUGUGGGAAUUGGGUGGGUGCUUUGGAAGAAGUGAUUGCUUUAUUGUUUGUGAAUGUUUUGAUUGGUGGUGGUUGAAGUUGUAAGAUAGACUAAAG